AAGUAUUCAUAAUCUGAACACAACAAAGAAUUGCCGUAGCAAACAACCUGACAAUGUUCAUACCUAGCACUACUAGCAGCAAGGGUACUACAAAAGCCGAUGCGCACACAGCAAUUCCGAAAACAAGGCCAAACACACCAGGAAUCAGCAUAACAGAGAGAAUACAAGUCAGGGCAAACUGAAAUGGCCAACUUCAGAGCUCUAGCCACCGCCGCGAUCUUCCUCCUGGUCGCGCUCUCCACGUCGCACAUUGCCUCCUCCCUUCGCCCCGGCCUAGGGGUCUGCCGUGCCAGCGGCUAUCUCCCGGGCAAGUCCGGCAACUGCGAGAAGAGCAAUGACCCGGACUGCUGCGAAGACGGUAAGAGGUACCCACAGUACCACUGCUCGCCGCCGGUCACCGCGACCACCAAGGCCGUCCUGACGCUAAACAGCUUCGAGAAGGGCAAGGAUGGCGGUGGCCCGUCAGAGUGUGACAACUCCUACCACAGCGACAAGGAACUGGUCGUUGCGCUCUCCACUGGCUGGUUCAAGAACAUGGCACGUUGCGGUCACCACAUCAAGAUCACCGCAAACGACAAGUCCGUGUACGCCAAGGUGGUGGACGAGUGCGACUCCGUGUAUGGCUGUGACGCUGACCACAACUAUGAGCCUCCAUGCGAUAAUAACAUCGUUGAUGCCUCACCGGCGGUGUGGAAUGCCCUGGGGCUCGACCAGAACGUCGGCAUGGAGGAUAUCACCUGGUCAGAGGACAUGGCUAACCCGAAGCUACUAGCUGUGCUUGUGCUCUUGCAGGUAAUCACUCUCCAUAUCCAUGGUGUCGCAUCGUCCACAGCCAACAAACACGUGCCAAAGCCCAGUGGUGGCCGCUGCCAUAUCAGCGGCUUCCUCUACGGCAAGGCUGGCAAGUGCAACAAGGAGAAUGGCUCCGACUGCUGUAUUCCCCGCCACCGCUACCCGCAGUUCAGGUGUUCGCCCCCAGUGUCCUCCAAGACAGUGGCAACCUUGACACUGAACAGCUUUGCCCGCGGGGGCGACGGUGGUGGGCCGUCCUUCUGUGACGAUCGCUACCACAAGGACAGCGAGCUGGUGGUGGCGCUGUCUACUGGGUGGCUGCGCCUCGACGGCACACGUCGGUGCAACAAGAUGAUCCGCAUCAGCGGGAACAGGCGGUCCCUGCUGGCCAAGGUCGUCGACGAGUGUGACUCAGUGCAUGGCUGUGACAAGGAACACAACUUUGAGCCACCAUGUGCAAACAACAUCGUGGACGGGUCGCCAGCGGUAUGGAAGGCGCUGGGGCUCAACAAGAACGUCGGAAAAUUCAAGAUCACUUGGUCUGAUGUGUGA